AUGUCUGAAGAGUGGGAUGGCCCUUGGUCGCCUACCAUCGCCCAAGGCGUGGUUAACAACCCCCGAGUCCUGCAUUUCACAUUUCCUCCCGAUGAAGGGGACCCAGAUUAUCCAUUUCCCACCGUCAUCGCACUCGUCGGCCGACUUGACAAGCCAACAGGGUCAUCUUCGAAAGCUGACAAAGACCAACUUGUUUUGUACGCGCAUGGCUACAUCAAACCCGAGAUGAAGAAGCGCCUGCAAGCUGCAAACGAAACAGGAUUGAUGGUAACGAUAACUGCAAGCGAGGUAGAUGGAUGCUUCCUAGCUUUCACGCCGUUCUGGAAUGGAUACAACUUCCGCAGUACGACUAUCAAUGGAUAUGCACACAGUCUAUCGGGAGAGGAGAAAUGGGAAGCCAUGCAGCUGCUAAUGGAUGAUUUCGUCCCUGGUCGGUGGGAGGGAACACGUCCCACGACGAGAGCGGAAGUCGACUGGGCGGCUAUUAUACGGGUGGAUAUCAACACCAGCAAGUCCCAUGUGCACACAAGGCAUAGCCUUGGGACUGAGGAUGAAAAGGACUUGGAGGCAGGCGCGGCUAAUCACUAUUGGGAGGGUGCCAUUCCCAUCUGGAGGACUUGUGGGGAUCCCAUACCUGGUCCGAAUAAUAAGAAUGAAGUUCCGGAGCAUGUGCGUCGGUACGUGGAGACGAACAGCGAUCCCAACGAGGUGUUUUCGAAGAGGAUCGCCGUAGACGGAUAUCAUCCAUCAUGA